UAGGAGGAACGUGGCAAAGUACGCGCAAGUUCAGAAACAAAGCUCAUUCGAACCGAUUAGAAGCCCAAUAAAGAAAAAAAAUAUACUGAAGAUUUUCAAUCCGUCGUCAUUAGAUAUUAGAACGCAGCCAAGAAGAGAACCUAUGUCGUGAGAGAGGGAGAGAGCGAGAGAGAGAGCGAGAGACCGACUUCAAAAUCAAGACCACAAAAGGAAGGUAGAAGACGAUAUCCGCAGCAGAUAAGUUGAGAAUGUCUGGAAGUUAUCAUGAUCCACGUGGGUUCUCUCCCGAGAGACUGUUGGAAGAUCUUCAUAUACAGACUCUUGAAAUCCAAAGGCUUUUUAAUGAUAAUCACAGACUAGCUGAGCACCGCGUGCUUCUUGAGCGAGAACUCGCCUCUGCCAAGGAUGAGCUUCACCGGAUGAACCUCAUCAUUUGUGAUCUCCGUGCUCAACAUGAUCUGCAAUCGAGGGAGUUCGGUGAGAUAAGGGAGGCUGAUGCUCUUGCUUCAGAGUCUGACAAAGAAGAGGCUGCACUGUUGCGCGGUGAAGUUCAGAAGCUAAAUGACAUUAAGCGUGAACUUAGUGGAGAUGUUGAGAUUCUUAGGAAAGAUUUGCUCAAAUUGCAAUCAGAUAACAAGCAGAUUCCAGGUUUGAGAGCUGAGGUUCAAGACUUGAAGAAAGAGCUUAUGCACGCUAGAGGUGCUAUUGACUAUGAGAAGAAGGAAAAGUUUGAGCUUAUGCAGCAGUGGCAAGCUAUGGAACAUAACAUGGUUUCAAUGGCACGUGAUGUUGAAAGGCUAAGAGCAGAACUUGCUGCUGUUGAUAGUAGGCCCUGGGGAUAUGGUGGAUCAUAUCAGAUGCAUUUCAACAAUAUGAAUGGCAGUUUUCGUGGUUCUUAUGGAGAACACGAUGGUUUUCUGAUGUCGUCCGAGAGAAGAGUGAACCUUCUGUCCCAGCCAAGAAACACUGGAAACCAAACCGCAUCCAACCGAACUGAGGCAGCAGGGACACUCGAGUGCACACGCAGUGUGGGGCAGCCGCAGGAUGGUGCGAAUGGCCAAACACAUGUUGCCGUGGGAGACACUGCGGCAGUGAGUGGGCAGCCGUCUUGCAUGGACUCAAGGAGCUGUUUGGGCCGUUGCUGCAACAGAGCUCGGCAGGGGGACUGGCCUCUCGAGCCACAGCGGUUCUGCAAGUACAAGGAUGUGCCGGUCAGGAAAGGCCUUCUCCACUUGCGCCAGCAACCGGGCCGCUACCCUCAUACUGGGACGCAUUGAGACGAAUGAGGGACUUGGGUACUGAGACCUUCGGUGGUGGUACUGACAGGUUAGCCACAGAGGACUGGUGGCAAGUGCUGGAAAGGAACUUUGAGUCCAGCAUGUGUCCAGUGGAAUACCGAAAGAAUUAGCAGCCCAUUACUUGAGGGAAGAAGCUCAUAUCUGGUGGGAAAUGUGGUUCAAGGAACCCCCGAAGGGUAUGUGCUCAACUGGUACGACUUUAAGGAUGAAUUCGCCAGGAGAUACUUUCCGGAGGAAGCCAUAGAUCAGAUGGAUAAAGACUUCGCAGAGCUGCGUCAGGGAACUAGAACUGUGAGGGAGUACGAGCAGGAGUUCCAUCGUUUGAGAAAGUUUGUAAGCAGGUACGUUGAUGAGAGGGAACAUAUAGAAAAGUUCCUGAGGGGCUUGCGGGUUGACAUUAAGAACAGAUGCCAAGUGCGGAGGUAUGUGAGCAUGGUCGAUCUGGUGGAGACUGCAGUCCUGAUGGAGAGAAACAUUGACGUGGAGGUUCAGCAAGCUAGAGCAUCCCAAGCGCCAAAGGGAACUCUGAAACGGACAUGGGACGACCAGGCGGCAGACUCAGGAACGGAGCAGACAUCCAUGUCCGGACAGCGUGGGCGGAUACACGUUCGACCAUGCAAAACUAAGGGAUGUUUUGGAUGUGGUCGUAUGGGGCAUAUUAAGCGGAAUUGCCCGGAGAUACUUGGAGUCUCAGCUCACGUAGAGAGCAAAAAACUUUGAUGAUUACUUAACUCGAGAGAGCCAAGCUUUCUGUGAGUUAAAUAGUAAUGAACUGAAAACUUUGUGUUGAUAGAUUUUACCAAAAAAAAAAAAAACUUUGUGUUGAUAGACUUGCUAAGAUUUUGGCAUUUUUUGUUGAUAAACUUGCGAAGAUUUUGGCAUCUAGACGGUGAGAAUUCAAAUAACGUUGAAUGGUGUC